CGACAGAGACGACCACAACGCAAUGGGCAGGCCGAGCAAGACAUUCGGCAUCCCAGGCUCCGCUGCGCGUGGCGGUAGUGCUGCCUCGCGUGGUCGCUUCGUCAAGCAGCGACCUGCAGCACCGGCAACCGCGGGUCAUACCGAUACAACAACUGCGAAUUCGACCGAAGACAAGUUUAACGCCAUUUCGCUUGCUUCUGGCAUUGAUGACAAGUUUGGCUUUACGCGCUACGAGGCUGGACCGACGCGCCAAGGAUGGCUCAUCAAUAUGCAUCCAACGCUUCUUGUCGAUGCAGACCAUGCAACGGGUCGCGCUGCCGUCGAUUUUUACUUUCUACAAGACGGUGGUGACUCUUUUCGUGCGACGAUUCCAUAUGAGCCUUACUUUCUGAUUGCCGUCAAGGUCAACCAUGAGGCAGAGGUGGAGGAAUUUCUGCGACGCAAGUUUGAAGGCGUUGUACGGCAUCUAUCGCGUGUACAGCUAGAAGAUCUACGCAUGCCGAAUCACUUGACUGGCUACAGACGCACCUUCAUCAAGGUCACCUUUUCAAAUACCUCAGAUCUCUUUGAAACUAAACGAUUCUUGGCGCCAGUCGUGGAGAAGAACAAGAGCAAGAUGGAUGCCAUGGACGUGUACAAUGAAGUGGCUGCACAAAACUUUUACAACGACGACGAAGAAGCCCUUGCUUCUGCCAAGCAAGAUCCAACCGAGGCGAUCGUUGACUUGCGCGAGUACGAUGUUCCUUACCAAGUCCGCGUUGCGAUAGACAAAGAUAUUCGCAUUGGAAAGUGGUAUGAUGUGACGGCCAAGCACGGACAAGUCUCCUUUUCAGUGGUGGAGUCUCGCAUUACGCGUGCUGAUCCGGUCAUCAUGGCCUAUGACAUUGAAACAACCAAACUACCGCUGAAGUUCCCAGAUGCUGCUGUCGACCAAAUCAUGAUGAUAUCGUACAUGAUUGAUGGCGAAGGUUUCCUCAUCACGAAUCGCGAGAUUGUUGCAGGAGAUAUUGAAGACUUUGAGUACACGCCCAAACCAGAGUUCAAAGGCCCAUUCAUGAUAUUCAACGAACCUGAUGAAAAAGCCGUUAUCGAACGUUUCUUUUCGCACAUUCAAGACGCCAAGCCGACCGUCAUUGUCACCUACAACGGUGACUUCUUCGACUGGCCCUUUGUCGAGACGCGAGCACUCAUCCACGGUAUUGACAUGUUUGAGGAGAUUGGGUUCAGGAAGAACAAUGAUGACAUCUAUCAGUCACGCUACUGUGCGCAUAUGGAUGCCUUUGCUUGGGUCAAGCGCGACUCGUACCUGCCUCAAGGAAGUCAAGGUCUCAAGGCCGUCACGACUGCAAAGCUCGGGUAUGAUCCCAUCGAGCUGGAUCCUGAGCUCAUGACGUUGUACGCGAGCGAAAAGCCGCAAGUCUUGGCGCAGUACUCUGUAUCCGAUGCUGUGGCAACCUACUACCUCUACAUGAAGUACUGCCACCCAUUCAUCUUUUCGCUAUGCAACAUCUUGCCCCUUAAUCCAGAUGACUGCCUUCGUAAGGGUACAGGUACACUGUGCGAAAUGCUACUGAUGGUGAAUGCAUACUCAGAUGGUAUCGUGCUGCCCAACAAGUACGUCGAAGAACCCGAACGCUUCUUUGAAGGUCAUCUACUUGAAUCAGAGACUUAUGUCGGCGGUCACGUCGAGUCUCUUGAAGCAGGCGUCUUUCGCAGCGAUAUACCCGAGAAAUUUGAGAUUCAGCCAGAUGCGAUACAGGGACUUAUUGAUGACUUGGAUCGCGCUCUGCAAUUUUCGAUCGAGGUCGAAGCGGGGAAGAGUAUGGACGACGUCGAAGACUACGAGGACAUCAAAGCUCAAAUUAAAUCACAACUCGAAGAGCUGCGUGAUGAACCUUCUCGAAACGAUUGCCCCAAAAUCUACCAUUUGGACGUUGCCAGCAUGUACCCAAACAUCAUGACGACCAAUCGGCUGCAGCCCGACUCUAUUGUGGACGAGUCAAAUUGCGCUACUUGCGACUUCAACCGGCCUGGCAAAACAUGUGAUAAGCGGAUGACUUGGGCAUGGCGUGGCGAAUACUACCCGCCAAAACGUGAUGAGUACAACAUGAUCAAGCAAACACUUGUUUCUGAGCAAUUUCCUCCCAGGUUCCCCAUGGGCAAGCCUCGUACAUUUGAUCAAUUGCCGGCACAAGAGCAGAUGACACACAUCACAAAACGGCUUGGCGACUUUUCUCGUAAGGUUUAUCACAAAAUCAAAGAGACCAAGACAAUUGAGCGUACAACGAUCGUUUGCCAACGCGAAAAUCCGUUUUAUGUCAAUACUGUCAAGGGCUUCCGAGACAGACGCUACGAGUACAAGAAUCACCAAAAGACUUGGAAGCGUAAUGCUGAGCAGCUCGCUGCUGCAUCUGCUUCGCCGCUUGAGGUCGAUGAUGCCAAGAAGAUGGUCAUUUUGUAUGACUCUUUGCAACUAGCACACAAGGUCAUUCUCAACAGUUUCUAUGGAUAUGUGAUGCGCAAAGGCUCUCGCUGGUACUCCAUGGAGAUGGCAGGUGUGACCUGCUUGACUGGUGCAACCAUCAUUCAGCUUGCACGACAGCUUGUGGAAAAGAUAGGCCGUCCUUUAGAGCUCGAUACGGACGGAAUUUGGUGUAUUCUGCCUGCAACCUUCCCAGAGAACUUCACAUUCAAGAUGCGCAAUGGCAAGCCCUUAUUCAUCUCCUACCCCUGUGUCAUGCUUAAUCAUCUCGUUCACGACAAGUUCACCAAUCACCAGUAUGAAGAUUUGAUUGAUCCGAAAUCCUUCAAGUAUGAGAAGCAUUCUGAAAAUUCCAUCUUCUUCGAAGUUGAUGGGCCAUACAAAGCCAUGAUUCUACCGACGUCAAAAGAAGAAAAUAAGAAUCUCAAGAAGCGAUACGCCGUAUUCAACGACGAUGGCACGCUUGCAGAACUCAAAGGAUUCGAGGUGAAGCGACGCGGUGAGCUCAAACUCAUCAAAGUCUUCCAGACACAAGUCUUCAAAGUCUUUCUUGAGGGCAAAGACUUGCAAGAAUGCUAUGCUGCGGUUGCCAAGGUCGCUGACAAGUGGCUUGAUGUGCUGUAUAGCAAAGGCGCGACCCUUGGCGACGAAGAGCUUGUUGAGCUAGUUUGCGAGAACAGGAGCAUGUCCAAGACAAUUGCCGAGUAUGGCUCGCUCAAAUCCACUUCCAUCUCAACGGCGAAAAGACUGGCGGAGUUCCUGGGUGAUCAGAUGAUCAAGGACAAGGGCCUUGCGUGCAAGUACAUCAUCUCAGCUCAGCCAAAGUCGGCACCAGUGACAGAGCGCGCUGUUCCCAUCGCCAUCUUUUCUGCUGAAGAUAGCAUCAAGCGCCACUUUCUUCGCAAAUGGCUCAAGGAUCCUGGCCUCACGCAAUUCGACUUGCGCAGCAUCUUGGACUGGGACUAUUACUUGGACCGGUUCGGCUCCGUGAUUCAAAAGCUCAUCACGAUGCCAGCUGCGAUGCAGAAAAUCAGCAACCCCGUCCCGCGAGUUGCGCACCCAGAUUGGCUAAACAAGCAACUCGCCACAGCCUUGGAUCCUUUCAAGCAGAGCAAGGUGACUAAGUUUUUCUCUCACCAAGAACCAGUCUUGCAAGCAAAGGACGCCAAUAUCCUCAAUCACGCUAUACCAGACCUUGAUGACUCUUCUGGCAAUGCUGAGAAGCGCAUUAGCAUUUUGACUUCAAAACGCAAAGAGCGUAGCAGGACAAGCAUGGCUGAACAGCCCGAAGUUAUUCAGCCUCUGCCACUGGCAGGGUAUGAAGGUACGGUGGAAGAAAAUGGUCACGAUGUCUGUGGCUACACCGUAUGGCUUCGCCAUCAAAAGAAAAAAUGGAAGGCGCAAGCUGCCGCGAGGCAACGUCGCCGACAAAUCAUGGGCGAGGAUGAAAUUCGAAGACCAGGCGUGCGUGGUGGUGGUGCUAUCGAGCGUUUGCGCAACAAGGCUGCUGAACGCAUCGCCGCGGAUCACUAUGAGAUACUGCAAGUCCAUGAAACGGAUGAGCCCGGUGUGCUCAAGGCCUGGGUACUUAUCGGUCAAGCAACCUCAAGCAUACGCUUGCGCGUCCCUCGGUCGUUUUAUGUCAACUUUCGAGAUGGAGCUGAUGUACCCGACAUCAAUCUUGCCGGCUGCAAGAUGACGGAGACUGUGGCGAAACUACCAAGCGGGCAAAUGUCGACCAAAAUGUUCCUUGUCACGAUGUCGGAAGGAACCUACCAGGGAAGCAGCAAGGAAUUGGCUGCUCUGGUGUCUCACCCCAGCGUCGAAGGAAUUUACGAGCGCCAAUUGCCACUCGUCGAUCGCGCUCUCAUCAGCCUCGGUUCACAAUGCUCUUUCGUUGAGACUCGUGCAGGAGCUCUUGGUGAAGCCAUGUCAAAUGGCUUCGCUCUGACUUCACUCAAGGAGUUGGAUGCUGCAACCAAGAACAAUUACUUGUCAAGCAUUGACUUCCACUACAUCUUCAUUAUGCACGUUGUGGCCGGCCCCAAGGAGAUGGUAGCCUUCUUUUCUUCUCACAAGUCCGAGGCUGUUUUCGUGUCUUUUGAUACAGCCCGCGAGCAAGGCAAGGCAAAUGUUGUGCGCAUAUAUCGUGAGCAGCGACAAGCAGCGCUUGAAGCACUCGGAGACUUGGCCGAUAAGUAUCCUAAUGAGAUGGCCGUCAAUAAUCAGGUUCACAACACUGAGCCAAGGUAUCUCCGAGCCAUCGCCGAUGCCAUUAAGACGAUGAAGGCGGAGCAGCCCGGGCCCCACAUGGUGGUGCUCUCGACUCCCUCAGAGGCGUUCCUGCAGAAGGUACCGUCCUUGGCUGAUCAGCCCGUCAUGCGCAUGCCUGGUGACGAGAACUUGGCAUCUGCACUCGACUGGGCCAACGCGGCUGCUAAGCUCGCUGUGAUUCGAUACCUAUCAGCUCGCGCAUGGCUAGACUAUCGACUCUUGCUCGCUCGAUAUGGACGCUUGCCUAUAUGCAAUCUUGGCGAAGAUGAAGCGCGGACUGUGAUUGACGUCACGAUGGCCAGACAACUGAAGGCUUUGGACGUUGUGUUGUGGUGGUCUGAUGCCCCUCAAGCUGAUCAAGGUGGUCGAGAGUUGGACGAUCUCAGCAAAUCUCUGGAGACGGUUGACUCCGUCAAAGUCAAUACGCCUGGAGCUUAUUCGACCGUGUGCAUUGAACUUGAAGUCCGCAACCUCAUCAUUUCCACUAUGCUGAAUUCUGCGGUCAUUAAUGAGCUUGAAGGGUCGUCUGCUGAUGACUCUUUCUUGUCUAUUGCAUCUGGCGAUAUGCAGGACGGCGCUUUUGCGUCUCCGUCGAUCGCAGCAUUCAAAGCUUUGUUGAAGGAUUGGUGGCGCGAAGCGUCUGUCGGCACCCCGGAAGCCGACAUCAUGAUUGACAGCGCGGUUCGAUGGAUCAAAUCGCAAGACUCUGCCCUUUAUGACAAAAAUCUGGACCUCUACUCGCAGCGAGUCAGCAACAAAGCCUUCUUACAGCUCAUGGCGGAGUUUCGAAAAGUCGGCAGUCGCGUCAUCUUUGGCGCGCCUGGUCGUAUUCUGAUUCAAACCACCAAGACUCAUGUCGGCACAGCCUAUGCCUAUGGACAAUACAUCGUCAAAGCAAUCCGCUCCAAGACCCUUUUUCACUUCAUCGACAUGCAAAUUGCAGAAUACUGGGAUUAUCUCUUGUGGCUUGAUGAUGUCAACUAUGGUGGCUAUUGCACGAAGGAAGUGACUUCCGAGGAUCAAGAGAUGACCGUCGCGAUGCAGUGGAAUGUCAAGCACUAUCUGCCCAAGGCAUUGAGCGAUGUGUUCGAGGACUGGGUGGUGGAGUACAUGGGCGACAUGUACGAUGUGAAGCGCGAACUUGCAGACACUACGUUGACACAGCGAGCUAAUGCUGCUGACCAGGAGGCGCUCGAAAAAAAGAUGAGCGAUGUCACGACCAAAAUCAGUGGGCCCUUGCGAAAGCAGAUCCAACAACUUGCGCUGAGGUACAAGCAAUGGCAACUGCUAGAUGAAGAGGACCAACAACAAAAUGAUACUUUUGCAAUGCAACACAAGCCGGCUGGCUUCGAGCCAACAGAAGCGCCCCUUUUGUCAAUGGUAAAGAGUCUUUGUGCGGUUUUCAUGCUUGUUGGCGAGGCUGCCCAGGCCAACCGUGUCCUCAGGAGAGAUUUGCUCCAAGUACUGGAUGUUCGCGAAUUCGCCAACAAGGCCAAGUUUAUUGACCCAUGCAAUUCUGUGACGCUGUCGCGCCAUUGCUGCCAGCGCUGCUCAAACGUCCAGGAUUUGCAGAUAGGACGAGAUCCAGCUCAGCAACUCUCUUCGAUGGUGACGGAGGGUGCGUCCCGCAUGGCUCCUGCUUGUACUCGUUGCGGUGCAACCUUCGACAUGCUGGCUGUGCAAGAAGCGCUUAUUGUCCACUUCAUGAGCUUUGUUGCCCAGUACCAAAUGCAAGACUUGCGUUGUGGAAGGUGCAAAAAGAUUAAAGCUGGCAAUUUGGCUACAUACUGUGUCUGCUCGGGUCUGUGGACGGAGACGAUCAAGCGUGAGACUGUCACUAGUCGCCGAAUCUUGCUCAGCCGUCUGGCCGCUGGGCUCGAUAUGGAGCUGUUGGAAUUUGCCUUGAGAGACUUCGGCUCGUUGUAGAAAGACAUGCUUGUAGAGAUCAUCCGUCUCAGUGGACACCCUGAGCUUUAUAUGCACUGUUUGCUGGACAUUUUAGAUUGCUAUCGGCAGCACUUCAAGCGCGAUUCGUACAGACAACCACUUUUUGUUAGAAGGGAC